GGCGGGGCUAAUUAGCAUACCUCAUCAGCUUGAUAAAUGCCAGCGAGAAGUUUCACCUGUGGAGUCAGAGCCACGGAGGAGGAAGCGGCAGGCUAACAUCAGAAACAGCGGGAACUGAAGCCGAAMGAAGAACUUUACUCAGCAGUACCUGUUCCCUCUCUUCCGUCCGCUUUAGGGCUUCCUCCCCCUGUCGACCCGGAGGUGACUCCAGCGCCCGGUUCUGCUGCUUUGAGUCCGGUUCGACCCAGUUUGUUUCCCGGGUGACCCAUGAGGCUGGAGGCUGCAGCCAGGAUGGAUGUGUUCAGGAAGCUGUGGCGGGCGAGGAAACUGAUCCUUGUGGUGUUUAUCCCGCUGUCCCUGCUGCCCCUGCCGCUCAUCCACCCCACCAGCGAAGCAUGCUGUGCAUAUGUGCUAAUGGUGACUGCCGUCUACUGGGUGUCCGAGGCUGUCCCUUUGGGUGCUGCUGCUCUGGUUCCAGCUUUCCUCUACCCACUUUUUGGAGUACUCAAAUCAAGUGAGGUGGCAGCUGAGUACUGCAAAGACACAACUCUGCUGCUGAUGGGGGUCAUCUGCCUGGCAGCCUCCAUAGAGAAAUGGAACCUGCAUAAACGCAUCGCUCUGAGGAUGGUGAUGAUCGCAGGGGCGAAGCCCGGCAUGCUGGUGCUGGGGUUCAUGUGCUGCACCGUGUUUCUGUCCAUGUGGCUCAGCAACACGUCCACCACCGCCAUGGUGAUGCCCAUAGCCGAGGCCGUCCUCCAGCAGCUGAUCUGUACCGGUCUGGCUGACUGCCAGGAUGGCUCGGAAACUGCAGACACCCCGGAUGACGAAAGCGCUGUUUCAAGCAAAGAGGAGAACCUGGAUAAGAACCAGCUGGAGCUGCUCUAUCAGAAUGAACAGAACGACUGUAAUAAACAUGAGCUUUGUGAGAGCGGUGGGGUGAAUGGUCUGGGUCUUCAGCCAGUUUUGAACAAAACUUUUGUUCGACAAACCAACGGACAUCUGCCUCAGGCUGCCAUCGAGAUCCCAAAUGUGAAGCGGGUGAAGGCCAGGAGAGACUCCCAGUAUCCCACCAAGAAGGAUCACAUGAUCUGCAAAUGUCUGACACUCAGCAUCACGUACGCUGCAACCAUCGGAGGCCUCAUCACCAUCACCGGCACGUCCACCAACCUCAUCUUYGCUGAGCAGUUUAACACUUACCCUGAGGUGGUGACGGGUGUUUUCUUCGUCCUGAUGACUCUGCUGUGGUUCACCAGAGAGCCCGGCUUUGUGCCCGGCUGGACGUCUCUCUUUGAAAAGAAAGGCUACAGAACUGAUGCAACCGUGUCUGUCCUUCUGGGCUUCCUGCUCUUCCUCAUUCCUGCCAGGCGGCCCUUCUCCUCCUCAUCAUCAUCCAGCUGUCAAAACUCAGAUGAAGAUUCAGAGUCAGAUCCACUCGCCCCCAUGAUCACUUGGAAAGACUUCCAGAGACUUAUGCCAUGGGAGAUCGUCAUCCUGGUUGGAGGUGGCUACGCACUCGCAGCUGGCUGCAAGGUGUCGGGCUUGUCCGUGUGGAUCGGCAGACAGCUGGAGCCGAUGAGUGGUCUUCCUCCCUGGGCYGUCACCCUGCUGGCCUGCCUGCUGGUGUCAGCAGUGACAGAGUUCGCCUCCAACCCUGCAACUCUCACAGUCUUCCUGCCCAUCUUAUCAGCCCUGUCGGAGACGCUGCAGAUCAACCCCCUCCACACUCUGAUCCCCUCCACCAUGUGCGUGUCGUUUGGGGUCAUGCUUCCAGUGGGGAACCCCCCCAACGCCAUCGUCUUCAGUUACGGCCACGUGCAGAUCAGCGACAUGGUGAAAGCAGGGUUUGGCGUGAACCUGAUCGGCGUGGCCGUGGUGAUGGUAGCCAUCACUACGUGGGGGGUUCCCCUCUUCGACCUGACUGAGUUUCCAGCCUGGGCGAUGGCCCGGAACAUCACCACACACUUAUAACCACCGUUUGUGUCCGCGGGGCAGAGGGCGAGCUGAAGAACUGAAAGACACAAGUUUUUAAUCAUAAAGACAAUAAAAGGUGCAUCGAGUGGAAACUUCGUCAGGACUAGACUCAACGAGCCUUGAUGAGACGGACCGUGGAGAGGAAGAGGAAACACUGGAAGAAUUCUGUUGUUUUUUACAGAAUAUUUGGUGGCAUUUCAUACAAAGAAUGUACAAAAGUAGAACUUUURCAAAUGUUUUUACCUCUAAUGAUACUUUUAGUUUACUGUUUAUUGUACUGAGCUGGCGAGGGGACAUGMGKGAUUUUUUUCUUUUGCGUUACCUCGCAAACGUYGUUCAUCACUGUUGUGCUGCCAGUUUAUUAAUAAAUUCACAUGCUCACCAUUAGUGAGUUAGCACAGCCACACAUGRAGAUAUUUACUAUGCAGAUGUUUUAACAAUAUCAAGCAAUAUUAAUGUCAAUUUCCCGAAUUUGUGGCUUGUCCUUUUUUGGCAACUGGAUGUUUCAAAAUAAAAGUCUGAUUUAAUUCAGCUCAUACAAAACAAACUUUUGUGUGGUACUGCAAAAGAAAUCCCUCCAUGUCCCCUCACAGGCUCCAUAUUAUUCAGACCUCAAACUCAUUUGUUACUAAUUGAGCUGAUAGAGACAAUACGUUUUUUUAAAUCCUACCUUCUCAUUAGUAAAUGUGCCAAAAUGACAGUGUAGACCGAUCUCAGCUACACUUCAUCCAACUCCAUUCACUGUUUGUCUUUAGCUGCUGCUAGAAUUGGAAAUUUGAUCUUCCAAAGUAAAGCUUAUUUAAUGUGCUGCUGUGCAGUGAGGACUUCUUUAAACAAGUUAAUUUGGUCUCAUAAAUCUCGGCGGAGGCCCCCUUUACAGUUUCUGUUCUCUGAUCAUUGGACCAUCUGAAGUGACUUUCAGUAAAACACUUCGUAGAGAA